UUUAAUGGUAUACCAUUGACAGUUUCAGUUAACUUUCAAAUAAAUUGUAAAUAAGCCAUUUCAAGCUUAACUUCGUGACUUCGAGUGAUAAUCCAGAUUUCGGAAGGAUAAUUUACACAAUAAUAAUGCAUAGAAAUAUUCAAGCAGCAUAGUUGAAGAUACACAUACUACUAACAAGAGCAUGAAAAAAUGAAAGUGAAUUUAUAAAACAUUAAGUAAUAAAUGAUAAAGAUAUCGCAGUAGAUUGCUACGUAUUGAGGAAUGAGGAUGCAGCACCAUUAAAUAUAUAGGUAUACCACAGGCGCUGUAAAGGAGAAUAACACCUACUAGUCAGCAAAGUGAAUAUUCUUAUGAUCUCACUUUUCGUAACUCACAAUGUUUUUUCAGUUUUCACCAGUGAGAAGGGAGAAAAAUCCUAUACCUGUUGUUAAAGAAAAUGAAUCUGAGAAAAUAGAAAAUUUAUUAUUAGCGCCUUUUACGCCAACUCCUAAACUUUUUUUUGAUAAUAUCAGGAUUGGUGAUACAGCAGCACGACAGUUGUUAAUUAAAAAUCCAACUGACCAUGAUAUAACUCUUUUUCUCUCAAGACCGUUGCCUGAAGAAAUUAAUGUUUCCUACAAUUGGAUUGAAAAAAUUAUUGGAAGGUAUUCGGAAGAAAUAUUUGAAAUAAGAUGGAAACCUAUGAAAAAGGAAUCAGUUAGGCAUACAAUCACUUUUAAAGAUUUCGGUAAAAUACAAAAGGAUGUAUAUAUUGCGUUCACAUCAAUUCCACAAAAUAAAACUAAAGAAAACAAGGUGGGAGUGAAACAAAAAGGACUCAACAAAAAAUCUCCGACAAAAAAAUAUUAUUCAACAAGACCAACAAAAAUUUCUCCUGCAAAAUGUUCAGCAUAUUCAAAGAAGUGCUCGCCUUUGAAACAUUAUCCAUUUUCAAUUGUUCCUGUUGAAAAACCAUUGAACACCUAUUCACAUUAUCCUCUAUUAAUGGCCGAUUAUUCCCAGCCACGUAUUUCAUAUGAGAUUGAAAACAAGGAGAACUCGCCAUCAUUUUUAAAAAAUUCGUCAAGAGCAAGUGAAAUUUUUGUUUCACCUAAAAAUGUAUCUUUCACAAUGGAAUACAUUCAACCCCAAGAAAGAAGAGGAACCUUCGUGUUGAAUGAAAAUAAGAGAGAAACAUUUAUUCUGCAUAAUAAGAAAUCUCCAAAAGAUGAGUUCGAUGAUAGCCUAGAAAAUGCAUCUCCCAUAAAAUCACCAGUUUCAAGUUUCGGUAUGUGGUGCAAGAGGAUACCACUGGUUACUCAUAACAGUGAUAACAUUUCUGCAUCAUUUCAAGAGAGUUCUGUUAAAACAAAUUCAUCAGUUAACUAUGGUUUUGAAUAUAAACUCAAUGAAUUUUGUUUCACUCCUGUAAAAACUCCACUAAAGAGUUGUGAAAACGUUACAUGUACCUUUGCCACUGGUCUAGAAAAAAUCCAUAUGGAAAUUACACCUGUCCGUGAAAUAUCACCACAAAACAGAACUUAUGAACUUCCUUUAUCUAAUACACUGAAUGUGAGUACUGAAACUUACAUCAAAUCCAACACAAGUGGUGAUACUUAUGUGAAAGAAAAUACUAGUUUUGAAACAUAUGUGAAAGAUAAUAUUAGUAGUGGAACCUACACUAAAGAAAGUUCUGUAGAAGAUAUACAUAGUUUAAGUAUCUCUCCGCUCACCUCAAAAGUUUCUUCGGCACCACGCAAGAAAAUAUCACCCACAUAUCGCCAUAGAAAUAUCAAUCAGAAAUCACCAGAAACGAACAAUAUUGAAAAAUCAACAGAAGUUAAUGUUUGGACUGGAGUCGAUCGAAUGGAACUGAGUCGUAUUGAAGAGGAAUCUUAUGUACAGCAGACUAUGAGAGAGAGUAUUAUGAAUUUUUCUCGUAAUUCAACGUUGAAACGAAAAUCGGAUAUCGACUUUAAUAGUAGCUGUUGCAAAAAAAUAUGCACUCCUUCUGGUCCCAAGGAUUGGUCAAAAAAGGGUUCCACAGCAUUCAGAGUUGCUAAGAAAACUUCUGGGCUGAAUCUCAGUAGACUCAAAGAUGUAAUCAAAGAGGAGAAUUUGAAAAUUAAUGCAGAAAUUACCAAGAAAGAUACCAGUUCAAUUAUAAUACAGAACCCGUUUAUUCUAGCUGCUACAAACUUGGUAGAUCCAUUCAUGACUUCUAAUCUUUAUGUGAACAAUGAGUGGAUAGAUCAGCAGGAAAAGGAUUUCAAAAAAUGGUUGAAUUCACUUUUGACACCCCCAGAGGAACUUAGUUCUGAAGAACGUGUAAUUGAUGUGGCAAAAGUUUGGCAGGAAUGCAAAAAAAGAGAAGUUGAUUCAGCUCCAACCAAGGAAGUCAUUUCUAGUAAAUAUCAUACUAACAAGAAACUGAACAAUUUGAGAGAAACAGCUCAAAUUUUAUUCAAGUCCCGCGAAAUCAGUAAAGUUUUAUGUAAAGUGAUGCAAGCAGUGGAUGCUGGCAAGCUUAAUAUUCGUAAAGACAAAGAUGUUCACUUAAAUUUAUCUCUCAAGUCUGAAAUUAUUACAAUACUUCUCAGCUACAAUUCUUUGUGGCUCAGAAUAGGUUUGGAAACUAUAUACAAUGAAGAAAUACCUUUGAAUUCAAAUUCUGAUAUAGUCGGGCUUAGCACUUUUAUAGCAAACAGACUUCUCAAAGAUCCCUAUCUCAUCAAGAAAUACAAAUCAAUUCAUCUGCCAAAGUAUACAGAUGAAUUCAACAAGUUUUUUCUGAAAAAAUUUCUCAUUUUGGUCUACUUCUUAGAUCAGGCAAAAAAUCGGAAACUCAUUUCUCAUGAUCCCUGUCUUUUUUGCAAAAACAGUACAAUUAAAGAGAGUAAAGAAAUACUUUUGCGGUUAGCCAGGGAAACUCUUUCAGCAGUUGGAGAUAUAACAAAGUUUUUGAAAUAUUCAGGCUAUAUUGUAACUCACUCACAAACAUAUAUUCACGAAUUUGACUAUGCAGUUAACAGUUUAGGCGUUGAUUUGAGAGAUGGCGUUCGCCUAACAAAAGUCAUGGAAAUUAUUUUGAUGAGAAAUGAUCUAUCGGAGAAACUCAGAGUACCGGCAAUAUCACGUUUACAGAAAAUACAUAACAUGAAAAUUGUUUUUGAUUCUUUGGAGAACGCAGGAUAUAAUAUAUUAUAUGAUAUAACACCCAAAGAUAUUGUUGACGGUCACAAAGAAAAAACACUGUCCUUUCUUUGGCAAAUUAUUUAUAAAUUUGAGGCUCCACUCAUGGUAAAGAGUGCCACAACAAUUCAAAAAUGGUUUAGGAGUUUACCUGUUGUAUUGAAAAGAAGGAAGUUGGAAAGAAUUAAAAAAAUGAGAGAGAAUGCUGCUAGUAAAAUACAAAAUUGGUACAGGCGACUCAAUCUAUCUCAGAAAAUUCUACACUUUGUGUUAAUUUUGAAACGUUACAUUGAAUUUGUGAAAAAACACCGGUCUGCUAUAAAAAUUCAAUCAUGUUUCAGAAAAUAUUUUUGUGAAAAAAUGUACAAGAAACAAAUCAAAACAAUUAUUCACAUCCAGAGCUUAUCGCGUGGUUGGUUAGUCAGAAAUGUUUACAGAGAACGCAUCAAGUCUGCUGUGAUAAUUCAAAGUUAUGUACGCAUGUAUCUUAUAAAGAAGAAAUAUAUUCAAAUUAAACGUGCUACUUUACUGAUACAAUCUAAGUACCGAGCUCAAAAGCAAAUGAAAAUGGCAAAAUAUGCCUAUGAAAAGCUCAGAUUUUCUGUUACUUUCAUCCAAAGAAAAUUUCGAGCAAAUCGCUUAGCUCUCAAAGAUUAUGAGGCCUACCAAAAGUUGAAGUUCACUGUUAUAACUAUUCAGAGAAGGUUCAGAGCUAAUAAAUUAUGCAAAAAACAACACGACAGAUAUUUGAAAUUAAAAUCAACGGCAAUAUUUAUCCAGACAAGAUAUAGAUCAAUGAAAACAAUGCAAAUAUUUCGUUCCAAGUUUUUGGCACUCAAACAAAGUGUAUUGAUCUUGGAAGAAAGAUUCAUAGCCUUAAAAAAGAUGAGAAUGGAAAGAGAACGUUAUCUUGAGAUAAGAGGUGCGUCUAUAUCAAUUCAGCAAUAUUACAGAGCUUGGAAACUGAUGCUUAAAGAAAGAAGCGAAUUUUUAAAAUUCAGAAAAUCGGUUUGUAUUAUACAACAAGCUUAUAGAGCUAAAAUAGCAAUGCAUUAUGAAAUAUGUCGGUAUGAAACUCUUAGAAGUGCCACUAUAUUUAUUCAAAGAAAGUGCAGAGCUAAUAUACUGAUGAGAACUACAAGGAAUUGGUUUUUGGAAGUGAAAUCUGCCGUUACUGAAAUUCAAAUCUGGUUUAGAGCAAUUUUAGAGAUGAAAAAAUGCCGCUCUCAUUAUGUAUCUCUGAAACAUGCAGUUUGUAUCAUUGAAGACAGAUACCAGGCAAAUUUACUGAUGAAGAAACAUGUUUUAUGGUAUCAACAAACGAGAUCUGCUAUUAUAUUAAUUCAGCAUAAAUAUAGAGCUCAAAUUUCCAUGCGUUUAAUGAGAAAUGAAUAUAAAAGUUUACGAUUAGCUGUUCUACUAGUUCAAAGAAAAUUCAGAUCCCAGAAAGUUGGGAGAUUGAAAAGAAGCGAAUAUUUGAAACAGAGACAAGCUGCAAUAGUAAUACAAAGACGAUACAGAGCUCAAUUCAGAAUGCGUCAAUGUAGACAAGAUUUUAUGACAUUGAAAUUGGCAGCAAUUGUAAUGCAGAGAAGAUUCAAGGCAAAUAUUAAGAUGAAAAAAGCUAAAUACUUUUACUUGAACUUACGUGAGAAAGUCGUUUUUAUCCAAAGGGUUUUUAGGGCUAAUACAGCAAUGAAAAAGGAGAGAGAAAACUAUCAAAGACUGAGAAAAGCUACUGUAAUAAUUCAACGAAAAUGGAAGGCAACAGUUUUAAUGAGAAUUGAGAAAAAACAAUAUAUUAACCUGAGAAACGCAAUUUUAGUAAUUCAGAAGCGAUGGCAUGCGAAAAAGCUAGCUGAGGAGGCUCAAGCGAAAUAUAAAUCUUUGAUCAAAGCAGUUGUGAACAUACAGAGGAUAUGGAGAGCUAAUAAGUUAUCAGAGCACACCAGAUUCAGAUAUAUUGAAUUAAGAAUGGCGACCAUUGUCUUGCAGCAGCGGUGGAGAGCAAAAAAAAGUUAUGACCAACAAAAACAAAUAUUUCAAAUGACUAAAAAUGCUGUAUUAAUAAUUCAGAAUAGAUGGCGAUCCACAAGAAAAGCUGUCGUAGAACAACAAAAAUAUCGAAAUCUGAAAACAGCAACAAUUUUGAUCCAACGAAGAUGGAGGGCUAACAAAUUAGCUCAACUAGCACAGGAAAACUAUAAGAGAUUACGCAAUGCAGCAUUAUGUAUACAACUGAUUUGGAGGGCUAAACAAAAAGGAAAAAUACAAAGAAACGAAUUCAUGCAGUUGAAGAAGUUUACUAUAAUUGUCCAAACUCAAUGGAGAGCAAAAAUUAUGGCCAAACAAGAGAAAACAUACUACGAUCAAUUGAAGAAAAUGACCCUAUUCAUACAACACAAAUGGAUUGCAAAACAACUUGCACGCAAGGAUCGAAUGAGGUAUAACAAACUCAGAUCUGCGAUAGUUUAUGUUCAAAACAGGUGGAGGGCUACUAAAAUUGCAUCAAAACAAAGAGAACACUUCAGCAAAUUGAGAAAAGCUACUGUUAUUAUUCAGAGACGUUGGAGAGUCUUGAGAUUGGGUCAAAAUGCUAGAAAACAUUAUGUAGAGUUGAGGCAUGCAGUUUUGGUUAUCCAACGGAGGUGGAGAGCUAAUAAGACUAUGAAAGAACAACUUAAAUAUUAUUCUCAACUUAAACAUAGCACUAUAUUAUUACAAAGGAAAUUCCGAGCUAACCUAAAGAUGAAAAUGGAAAUGAAUACCUUCGUGAACAUGAGAUCUGCUGUCAUAUCUAUUCAGCGAUACUAUAGAGGAUAUAUUCAAAUGAAAAAGGCACGGAAUGGAUUUUUAGUUCAAAAAAAUACAGUUGUUGGUCUUCAGAGGUAUAUUAGAGGAUAUCUAGUAAGAAGAAAAUAUGCCUACUAUUUCACUUCUGAUGCUAGAGAAGAGAGAAAACUUCGUCAAAUUCAAAUGGCAGCUGCAAAUAAAAUUCAGUCGUUUUGGAGGGGAUACAAGUGCCGUUCCUCAGAUGACUACAAAUUUAAAAAAAUUCGACAGCGAUUCAAAACGGCCAAUGCUAAUGCAGUUCCUGAAAAGUCAUUGGAAUGGAAGUGUAAAGCAGCAUUGGAAACCUUUGCUAACACAAGCUCAACAUUAUUUCAUAUUAUUAAUGCCCUGAAAGAUAUAGAUUUUGCAACAAGACGAUGCAAAAAGAUUUGCCUAGAAUUGGGUUCUCUUUUACCAGAUCAGUUAUAUAUUAUGCUUAGUGCUACCAGUCGUUCAUUACCGGAGAUGAAAGCUUGUAUUUUCUCGGUUAAUAUAUUAAUAAGUUUUUGCAAGUUUCCUCCCACAAGACAGUAUAGCUUUGUUCCUGAAUAUAUUGAUAAUCUUGUAAAUGUGAUGUUACAUUGGUGUGACAAAGAAUCCCAAUUGUUUCCUAAUUUAUGUACACUGUUUUGGCUUUUUGCUCACACUCCAAAAUGGAAACGCUUCAUUCUUAAUCUACCAAAUUUGGACAUACGUUUAAAAAAAGUUCAGAGUCUCGUAUCUAGAAAAGAAAGCAUGGUGAAACGAUCAAUUACUAAAGGUGUAUCACACUUUGAGACCGUAAAAAAUUUGCCAAUGCCAUCAUUGAAUCCAGAUUGGGGACUUGAUUAUAAAAAUAAGCCCAAUGUUUUUACUAAUUCCAUACACGCCUUUGCAUCUUUAUCGGCUAUUUUAAAUAUGUGAUUAUUUUUUAUGUUUUCAAAUUUGUAUAUUUUCCGUUGGUGUAAUAUAACUUUUAAGAAAA